CCAUUAUGCUCAUCUUGUAUAUCACAGUUGGCAUAGCCAAUGUGUGCAAGGACGAAUACGGGGAAUUAGGCUCACCCCUUUCUGGAAGUUUUGAGCUUCCUGAGACACAAUAUGAAUAUAUGAUUACUGUGUUUGAAGAUCAACAGAAGAGUUUACUCUAUUUUGUUGGAUUUUAUAAAUUGGACUCAGGAAAAAGAGAAACUAUUAUUUAUCAAUCUGAUUAUAACUUAAGAAAAGUUAAAGCAAUGACAUAUGGUCUUAGUAGUUGAGACUACUCUUAUGUCAUGUCUACAGAUGCAAAAAUUUACAUUCAGGACUACACUACAAAUAAGAUAUUUGAAAUUGAUACUGAUACUUUGAGAAUAAGUAGAGAGUUAAUUAUUCCUUCAGCAACCCUUUCAUCAAAAGGCGAGAUGGCUGCUAGUUCUAAUCUAUAUUUCACAAUGGAACUAAAUUCCAUCACCGAAGUUUGCAGAUGGGAUACUCUCACUACCAAUCUCGACUGCUUCAGCUUCAACCUGAUCACUUACUCCAACAUGGUCCCUAUCUCUCCCGAUCUUCUCUUUUACGCUUCCGAUGACCCAGCCGGUGGCCAAUAUUACUUGAUCAAUUACAACUUCUCGGAUUCGCCAAACUUAGUCUGGAAGAAGAGCAUUGUAUGCCCAGUUACAAAUUGAGCUACCAGGUAUAGCUCAUCAACUUUGAGCAAAGAUGAAAAAUCAAUCUUUACAAUGAUCAGGUAUGGAGAAAAUUUCAUAUUCCAUAAGCUAAAUACUUCUGACGGCUCUUCUCAGAACUCAGGUUUUAUAUGUAGCGAUCCAGAAGCAAGAGCUAGUCAUUCUGUCAAAGAAUUCAGUGAUUUUGUUGCUGUUCAAAUUUAUACUAAUACUUUCUCUCCAAAUCCUACUCGACUAAUUUUGAUAUCUUCUGAUAAUUCAAAGAUUUUGAAAGAAUAUGAUACUGCUAAUAUUCGUUUCUAUAAUGCCUUACCUGUGACAAUACAAGGGCAAGAAAUUAUGUAUUUCCCUGGAGGUCAUCUAUCAAACAAAACUUUCUUCUUAGGCAGAUCUCCUGUUAAUAACAUUGAUCAAUUAUUUGAGUUCGAAGUUGGUGUUUCUCAUUUUGUGCCGAUCACGACCGAUUACCAAGUGCUGGAUACUUCUUCAAACCCGAGCUUGACUUCAACUCCUAGGACGCUGACAAUAUCUACAAGCACUUCGAUCACUGAGACAGAUGUGACAUCUGUUAUCAGUCCCAGCUUUACAACACACGUGGCUUUGUGGAACCAAGACCAUGUUCAAUCUGUACAAAGUGAUUCAUUUGUCCAACUAAACUUCACCUGGGCUUGUGCCCAAGCUGUCAACUUCACUGCGGUCUCCUUCAGCUUAGCCCAAAUAGGAUCGAAUGAAGUUCCUGAGUGGGUCCAGAUCGACACCGAAGCACAAGAACUCCAUCUUAACAAGACUCCCCAACUCUCUGAGUCCGAGACUUACAACUUCUCGCUCAAAAUAUCUUUUGGCAGCGAAGUCCACCACAAAAGAUUCGAGAUCACUGUAGAGCAGUGCAACAUACUGAAUUGUGAGACCUGCCAGCUCGGCUCACCAACUCUGUGAGAAACAUGUGAAACUGGCUAUGAGGGCUCUGAUGGGCAGAAGUCUUGCUCCAAAGUUUCAGCUGUUGCUGGAGCAGCUGAAGCUGCAGCUGCAUUGGCAAGCGCAAGUGUCAUGAUGGCUGGUGUGUCUUCAGCAUUGUCAUUGUCGUCUGUCAACUCCAUAUUUAGCCUGAUGAACAGUCUCCAGCUGGCAGUACUUCUGCCUCUGGUUCCAGAGUACUUUUCGCCUAAAGUGCUUGCUCUACUGAGCGGCAUGGGGUUUGCAAUGAUGUCGUUUGACUUCAUCAGACUCAACGACAUACCUUUUGUGGAAGAAGUCUCGAAGUGGGUGGCUUAUCCUCAAUCAGAUGACUACCUGAACAGUCUAGGGAUGAAGUCAGGCAGUUCAGUCGUCAACUAUUUGUCAUUGAUGAUAAUUGUAUGUCUUGUUGGAAUUAUUCAUUUGUGCAUUGUUGUUAUCAAUGAAUCACUAAGAAACUCAAAACGCCAGAAGCGUAAAAAGUUCUUUCACAGACUGUUUCUAUUUUUUACGUUCAACAUUUACAUUCGGAUAUUUAUCCAGGCUUUUGCAUUUACGACUUUGUCAAUAUUGGCAGAACUUUACGCUAUGAAUCUGAGCACAGCACUGACACAAAUAUCUUUCGGACUCUGAGUCUUGUUUGCUUUAGGAACAAGCGUGCUGUUCAUACUUUCGUUUUACAUGUAUGCAAUGUCAUUUCCAGAAUUUGAUUGUAAAAAAUACUGGCCUUGAACUGAAUACUUCAAUGGAGUGAAGCCAGACAAGCACUCCAAACUGUACUCCAGUAUAUUCAUGAUUACAAGGUUGGCUUCAUCUUCAUUGUUGAUUAUCGGAAGGGAGGCUGAGUCUUCUCAGAAAGCAAUUUACUUCUACUUGCUCAACAUUGGGUAUGGACUCUAUCUAUUGACUGUGAGGCCAUUCGAGAAUCCUCAAGACAACAUCAUAGAGGGAAUCAACCAAGUAUUAUUUUGUUGUUUGUGAGUUCCGUUAUCAUGGCUCAACACAGAGGCAGCUUGGACCCCAUUCUAUGAAAGCUACUUCACUUCGCUUCUAACUGCAUCGCCAUUAAUUGGAAGUAUCAUAUGACUUGUAUUUCUAAUCAAGACAAUCAUCAUUUUUGUAAGAAAGAAGAAAGUACAGAGAAAUAGUAACAACAAUGAUGGUCGUAUGAAAACUCACGCAGAAGAGCACAAAGCUUCCCCUGUUAAAGAAGAGAACAAGCAGGUCUCAGAGUGUGCCAGUUCCAUCAUCCAAUCAGAGCCCAACUUCAACAAGAGCAAUGCUUCUCUUGUAAGAACUCCAGAAGUGAUGGGAAGGAAUCCUCCACGACCUAAAGUUAGGAAAUUGCUUGCUUCUCGGAAGGUUGGAGUGAAACCGAAAUAGGAAUGAACACAAUUAAUAACAUUGCUACUCAAUAUUUAAAUU